AUUGCUUGUCAUCACCAUUACGGACAUUUUCGCGAUUUUGUCUGCAAUUUGAGGCAGUUUUUGCUGAAAAUUAGAGUAAAUCAUUUGCCAAAUUCUAUCAGGAAGUGUACAUUAAAGGAAACAAACACAAAAACACGCAAAAUGUCAGGCCCAAUUUUUGGAACAAGCACACAAAUGGGAAGCUCCGGAGGAAAUCGGCACCUCGUCGAAUUCCGUGCGGGUCGCAUGAACAUGGCUGGCAAAAUGGUGCAUCCGGAUUCGCGCAAGGGACUCGUCUACUUGUACCAGAGCGACGACCAACUCGUGCAUUUUUGCUGGAAAGAUCGCACCACAGGCAACGUCGAGGAUGAUCUAAUCAUCUUUCCGGACGACUGCGAGUUCAAGAAAGUAGAACAAUGCAAAACGGGUCGCGUAUUUUUGCUGCGUUUCAAGUCGUCGAACCGAAAAUUGUUCUUUUGGAUGCAGGAACCCAAAAAUGAUAAGGACGACGAAUGGUGUCGUCGCAUCAAUGAAGUCAUGAACAAUCCCCCGUCGUCGAACAGUCUCGGAUCGGGAGGCAGAGGCGGUGCUGAUAGCGGUGACUUGCAAUACAUGUUGAAUAAUUUGUCGCAACAACAGUUGAUGCAACUUUUUGGCGGCGUCGGGCAAAUGGGCGGCCUCAGUAAUCUCUUGGGUUCGAUGAAUCGUUCUUCGGGCGGCUCCAGUACACGAAAUAACGCAAGUUCCCCGAGCAAUCGCACUUCCGCAUCUGCGACACCUGGCAGUGGAUCGUCUGUCGCUGCAACGCCAACAACUGUGUCUGCCUCAAAUGCGCCCAGUACUCCGCGUGCUCCCAAAAAAGGCAGCACAACAGCCUCAAAUCAAGCACCCACAACCCCUGCGGUCGGCGGCACAGGCGGAAAUAGCGACAAUUCACGCGUACUUCUCUCCGAAUUGCAAAAUUACCUUGCGGGCAUCAGUACUGCGGGAGCAGGAUCAUCCUCAGGAUCGCGUCGUAAUGUCGAUUUGGCGAGCUCAAUCAACUCCGAGGCACUCGAUACGGUUAUUUCGAAUCCGGACUACGUGAAUUCCCUCGUAGCGCAUUUGCCAGAGGUCGAGGGCGACGAAGAUAAGAAGCAACAGUUGAAAGAUACCCUCAGUUCGCCGCAAUUUCAGCAAGCACUGUCGACCUUUUCGAAUGCCCUGCAAUCGGGGCAAUUGGGUCCCGUUGUGUCGCAGUUCCAGUUGAGCUCGGAAGCUGUUGCCGCUGCUGUGAGCGGAGACUUGGAGCAGUUCGUUAAGGCGCUGGAAAAAACUCUUGGCAAGACUGAGGACAACAAAAAGACGACGUCCGAUCCGAAACCAGAUGAUGACGAUGAAAUGUCGUUGGGUUAAAUUUUUUAUUAUUUUUUUUUUUAUUUUUAUGUUAGGAAUUUUGCAUUCGCCGUCAUUUACUCGAGUGUGAAUGCCACAA